CAUGGCCACAGCCGUGGGGGGCUCACACGUGGGUGCAGGGAAAAAGCUGAAAAAUUCGCUGAAGAAGAAGAAGAUGAAAAUGGUAGCUAGGGCAGUAGCUUCGGAGUUGGAAGAUGAGGGCAAAGACGCUACUGACAGUGGAGGUUCUGUAGGAAGUUGUGAAUCAGAAAAGGAUCACUUUUCUUCAGAUGAUGAAUCAGUGGGAGCUGACAAUGAAGAUGAAGUUGAACCCUGUGGCAAUGGAAAUGAACAUACAGCCGAAGUUAGAGUUGGAAUUAACGUGGGCUGGGCGGAUGCCAUGGCUAAAAUUCUUAAAAAGAAAACUCCUAAAAGUAAGUCUACUAUUCUGGUCAAAAACAGAGAGCUGGAAAAGGAAAAAGAAAAGUUAAAGCAAGAGAGACUAGAGAAGAGAAAACAGCUUGGUAAGAAGCGGGAAUGGGAAAUGUGCAGAGUAAAGCCAGAUGUUGUCAAAGACAAAGAAACAGAGAGAAAUCUUCAGAGAAUUGCAACAAGGGGUGUGGUACAGUUAUUUAACGCCAUGCAGAAGCACCAAAAGAACGUUGAUGAAAAGGUUAAAGAAGCUGGAAGUUCUAUUAGAAAACGUGCUAAGUUGAUAUCAACUGUUUCCAAGAAAGAUUUCAUCAGUGUUCUGAGAGGGAUGGAUACAAGUACAAAUGAGAAAAGUUCGACUGGAAAGAACUUGAAAGCCAAACAGACUGAAGUGAAAUCAGAAGAGGGCCCUGGAUGGACAAUCUUACAUGAUGAUUUCAUGAUGGGAGCAUCCAUGAAAGACUGGGACAAAAAGAGUGAUGACGCGGAUAACCAGUGAGCCAGGGUCUG